GCUUCGAUGCUAGCUUGGAUUGUGACGGGUGUGUGCCUGUUCUAUUUACUCGUCAAUUUCCUGCUGCUGCAUUGGGCAGGUGUGAAGCCUUUGGCUCGGUUCAUAAACGAUGAGAAUCACUUGAAUGCCACGCUGGCAAGACUACUAAAGCCGCGCUGGCCCGGCAGCUUGGGACACUCGCAGGUGCGCGAUUUUCUCUUGCAGGAGCUACUGGAUCUGGGAUUCCACACGGACCGAGACGAGUUUGUCGAUGGCGUGGCCUUUACCAACGUGAUGGGCACUAUCAACCCGGAGGCACCGAAUUUCCUGCUGCUCUGCUGUCACUACGAUACGGAGAACUUGACCGAUGUAGAGGGUUAUUUGGGAGCCACCGAUGGGGCAGUAUCUUGUGCGAUUCUCCUAAACAUGGCCAAGACUCUGGGCCCCUAUUUGAGGGAGGAGCUGCGCAAGCGAUUAGAUAUUGGUUUGGCGCUGGUAUUUUUUGAUGGCCAUGAGCCAAUGCCGACAGAUCGCAAAGAUUCUAGUGCCCUGCGAGGCUCAAAGCGAUUUGUCCGAAUGGAGACUCUGCCUUUGGAGAGCAUUGAAUUGGCUAUUGCCUUGAACUUCAUUGGUGCUCCUGCCCAGGCAUACAUGAGUCACUACGAUAACACUUAUAUGCUUCACAAUCGCCUGGCGGAGAUUGAACUGGAUUUGCGGGAAUCGGGACAGCUGGCCCCGUGCCAUUUGUUAUUCCAAAAAUUAAAGGACCACGAUCUGCCCGACGAUCACUAUCCAUUUCUCGAUGAAGGUGUCCCAGUGAUGCAUCUGGCUCCCUACAGAUACCCCCAAGUAUGGCAUACUGCCGCGGACAAUGCGGCGCAUUUGCACUGGCCAACUGUUCUCAAUAUGAACUCAAUAAUUCGCCAAUUUGUGCACGAAUACUUGGAGAAUCAUGAUGAUGAUACCACGUACCGUCUGGAUAGUUAA